AUUCGGACAAUUUAGUCGAGCUCGCAGCACAUGACAACUACACUUGAAAUCUAAAGUCCAAAAGGUGAAUUCUCCCAGCCCCUCUUGUGAACCUCUCGUAUUUAAAGGCGAGCGUUUGUUACAAGCAAUCUGGGUUCUACAUCUCGUGACAAGGAAAAAACCAUGGCUCUCACAAUCUUGAAGUGCUUCUUCCUGAUUUUUGGCUACAUUAUCAAAGCGAAAGGAGAGGAAAGCCUUGCUUCGGUGGUACUUGGUAGUGAUGGCGAAACUCUGCUUUUAAAACCUGGAUAUGAUUCCUCUCAGCCUAUGGCAGCCUGGGGUAAAUUCGAUGAUAAGAUAAAUUCCACCGGGUAAGUGCUGAACAUCUAAAAUAUCCCUAGUCCACAUUACGCAAAUGGAGUUUUCCUAUAUCGCAGUUAAGAUGAUAAAGACAUAUAUGUGAAAAGCCGAUCGAGGGAGAGGGGGAGAGAUUGUUUGCUUUAGGUCUUGUCAGUUUUGAAACCGCUUGUGCAUCCCAUGACCAGCACAUGGAAGGGCAGGUCAAUUGUUUGCGAUGGGUUAUUGACACAGACGUUUUGAAAACAACUCAGUGAUCCGCUCCACUUGCAAAAGCGGUAAAAUUUCCGCACAGCCCCAUACUACAUUAUGCAUUCAGUUCUUGGAUUGAGAAAACAAUGACAAAAACAAUAGAUUGCCGUUGGGAAAACAGAUUUGUUUUACAAUAGUAUGGGGCUGUGCUGAAAUUUUACCCGUUAUUGUGUCAGAAGUAAGCAGCCUGUUUGGUGGGCAAAUUUAAAAAUUCCAAAGUACAUAAUCAUAUUUUUCACAACGCUUACGUGACAUUUUCAAACCUGGUUUAAAUUGGAUCUUGGUCACAAAAGACAUAAGAUGUUGGUUACUGUGGUAGUCUGCCUCAUCAUCAAAACACCCUUGGAAUUCUGAAGGUAGUUGGUGGGUGAGAUCUUGGAAUUAAGUGCUCUAGCCCUUUUUCAGUAAGGCUCAUGUAAAGUUUGAGCAGGUCAGUAGAAAAAUUAGUCCAAAAUUGUUAGGCUUCUCUGGUAUAUUUAAAGAUCUGCAAAAAUGUGACAAAGCUAACUUUAGUUUGAAAGGCCUCUUUUAUAUUUUUAUGAAUGCAUUAUUUCAUCCAGGAAGGUUUCUGAAUUCAUUUAGGGGGAAGUGUGUUAUUUAUUCACUCAUCCAGGAUCAUUUCAAUUUUGUUUCUUAUUUCCUUUUAUAGAUGGACUUUCCUCGAGAUCCACUCAAAUGCAUCAUUAUCAGAUGCAGUGCAAGCAAAGGCAGCAGGAAUGACAGAGGGAUCUUUAACUGCAGAACUAAUGCACAAAAGUUAUCAGAACACUUUAGCUGGCUAUUGUGAUGCUGAACCAGAAUUUUGUGAGACGCUGGGAAAGUUUUUGGGUGAUAACCUGAAGUGGAUAUCCGAGCAAAUUGCCAGCAACCCUACAGAUAAAUAUUGGUACCAGGUAAAAAAUCUCAGCUGUACACUUUUUAUUGGAAUGAUUUCUGGAUCACUGUUUUGUAUUAUUUGAUCAUACAACUUCAUCAUUGGUCUUGUGAUCCUUUAGACCAAAACUAUAGCUUAAGGUUUUAUAUUCACAAGUAACCAACUAUUAAGGUGCUACCUGAGGUGGAACCUGCAAUGGUUAUAUUUGGAUUGUUUAAGGCUCAAAAGGGUUUAGCUUUACAACAAGAGUUAAAUGGUAGUACACAACACUUAUUAAACAAGGCCAUAAGAAAUAGUACUUGUUCACCCAAAUGGAAUGCUAGACCAUCACAAAUAACUCCUCUCCACCCACCUUAGUAUUCACUGUCCUGACAACUGAGUAGUAACCAUUGAUACUCCUGGGUGGCAAGGAACAGUUGAAUUAAAGUACAAACCGUCCCCUGCUUCCUCCCAAAUAUAAACUCCUAUACCUAUGUCCUACUGUUUAACCCUUUCACCUCCUGGAUCUCAUUAGUAAUUCUCCUUACAGUCUUUAAUACAAUUCUUUUGAUGUUAGUUUGGAGAAUUUGGAUAAACUUGUAACGCCCUAACUGAUAUUUUUGUAGUCUUAUCACUAGUCUGCUUGACAUAGUAUUAAUAAUGUAAGGAGAAAUUCUGUCUUGGUCACUCAUGGAAGUUAAAGGGUUAAAUUAAACAAAUGAAUCUUCAAUAUAUUUACAAACCUGUCAUCUUACUUUUGCCAACUUUGAGAAGGUCAAGAAAACCCCCAAAAAUUGAUCAAUAAAUUGGUUAUGUAAAUAUUGACUCUGUAAAUAAUAUUGUUGUGGGAAUCAAAUUUUAUUCUCCACCUGCCUGUUUAUUUUGGAGUUCUUUUGUUUCUGGUCUAAUCUGUCUCAUUUUGAACUAUCCUUUGGUUCCAUACUAUUUAACAAUUUUAAAAUGUGAAUUCAACAUUCAAAUUUUCAAUUCAAGACACAGCUUCAUUGGGGCAUGCUUGAUGGAUGUAGGAUGUAUCCGUAGGUUCAACUCAUAUGGUACACCAAAAAAACACUGUACAUCAGGUAUUUCUUAACUGCAAGGGGUUCAGUUGUGUGUGAUUAUUUGUUGCAGAUAAACCUAAUACUUAAGCAGUUUGAGGGAAUUAAGGAAGGCUAUCUGCAGAACAAAAGUGUUCCUUCAAUUGAUGAUCUAGGAUUCCUGUAAGUUGUUUUGAUUAAGGACAUGACUCCUAAGCAUUUUACAAAUGAAUUUGGACAAAUGUAAUUUGAGAAAAAGGGGGUGGUGAGAGCAUGAUUUUUUAUGUGACUCAUUACAAAUGAACUUCCAUUCAAAGAGCAGUUAAUCACAAAAGAUAAUCUAAAGUAAUCCAAAGGGGAACCACUGCAUUAUUCCAAACCCUCAUUCUAAACCCUUCCCUGCAAUAGUCCUUGCUAAAAAAUGUCCUUUGGAGAGGUGGCAGCUCUAAACAAGCAGCUUAUGUUAAUGUCUCUGCAGUGUUCUCCCAGCUCUCUAUUUUUCAACUGAAAUAACUGCCUACAGAAAAUGCAUUAAAUUUAAACAAAGAAGGGUGCUAUUAAAGAAGAGGUGCCUUAGUACCUCUUGAUCUUUAGUCAAUCAACCAUUGUGGCAUAUAGACCUCUCUAUUCAAAACAGCUUGAGCUGCCGCCAAUCCAAGGCACGUGAACAGCUGGUGGAUUUCUCAACAGCUCUAAGAAGUUUCUAUGUUUUAAUCACAAUGGAAGAAUUUGUUCAGGCCAACAUCUAUUUCCUCUAAUCAAAACUGUCUUCAUUUGUGGCAUAAAAUUUGAAAUUUGAAUGUUUGCUAGGACAUUGCAUAAUAUUAUCACACUGAGCUGAAAUCAAGGGCGAAGCCAACAAAUUUAUAGUGCUCCUUCAUGUUAGCUCAUGAUCAUAUCUAAAAUUUUUUUUGGAAGCCUUAUCCAAGCUGAUGGUGAUCUGGAAUCUCUAGAGCAGGCACUAAAAAAGAAGAAAGUCCACCAUGUCUUUGGCUCAGGAUCCUGUUCAGCACUUAUAAAGUUGUUGCCUGACAACAAAGACUUGUACAUCUCUCAAGUCACAUGGACAUCAUAUGCAGAGAUGUUAAGAGUGUUUAAGUUCUAUGAUUUUCCAUUUACUGUCAGUGGAAAUAAAGGUGAGCAUUAAUUUCAUGAAGCCUCUGUCUUGUUUGAUGUGGCCUUUAAAUUGCUUUAAAUUUUAUCUCAACAGGUUUGCAUCAUUUUAUUUAAGACUAUGUUUUCUUGAAUUUCUUUGUUUAAUCUAUCUCUGAAACUACUUCAGCUUAAGUAUCUGUAGAUGGAACCACUUGUAUCUCACCUGUGUGUUUUAACCCUUUAACUCUCAGAGGCAAUAAGCAUGUAACUUCUCCCCAUAAUAUCCAUAAAUUAUCCAGCAAACAGGUAAUGACAAGACAAACUUAUCAGCUAUAAGUUGUUAUCUCAACCUAACAUCAACUUUUUGUGACUAAUUUACUAGGAAAUGUGUAGCUGCUAGAGGGGAGAAUUAACAAUCAGAUGAUUGGCACUUUAAAGGGUUAAGUCCUUUGAGACAUAUGGAGGCUAGUGAAAUUUUAAGGUGCAGUUAAGUGAAAGGCUAAAGGAAAAAGGACAGAAAGGUUUAUAGAUUGAAGAGGGCUUUCUUACAUUCUUGGUUUGACUUAUUUUACAGGAGAAAUUAUUCCGGGCAGAAAAGCAAGUUUCUCUUCUUACCCUGGCUUGAUGACAAGUGGAGAUGAUUUUUACAUGUUAAGCAGUGGAAUGGUAAGCUCACAGAAACAUCUUUGUUACUUUCAAACAGUAACUUGCACCGGAAAAGUUUUUUAAUUUUUGGCUUUAGGAAAGUAACUGUCUAGAAUUUUUUUUAUUCACAUAGGUCUCUCAAGAGACCACAAUUGGUAAUAGCAAUCCAGACCUGUGGAAAUAUGUUUAUGCAGAGGGAAUUGUUCUAGAGUGGAUGCGCACAUUGGUAGCCAAUCGUUUGGCAAGAACAGCCGCUGAAUGGACUUAUCUCUUUGGAACACACAACAGUGGAACGUGAGUCACUUCCUUCAGUAUGUUUGAAACUUCUGGGUUAACUGAAUUUAUUACAGUUUGUUUUUUUUAAUGUAUUUAUAAUUUGUAUUUAGUAAUCUAAGAAAAAUAAGAUUUAAUGAUUUGCAAUAUGCCAGGAACACAUCCACCCUGCAGAUAUUUAUGUUUUCGUUAUUGUUGGCCAUAAUCCAAUUCAGUUUUCAAUUUUAAAUUUAUUUUCUUGCUAGUCUGUUGUUAUGCAAACUAUUCAAUUGAUAAAUGUUUCUUCUUGUUUUGCUUUUGUUUAAUGGAAAUUGAUGGGACAGUUACAACAAUGAGGUAAGUGAAAAACACCUUAGUCAAAGAUCAUGCAUUUUUUAUGAAACAACUCUUAAUUUUAUUUACCGACCAAUGUAUGCAUCUAUCAUGCUGUUGACAUCAACAUCUGGUCAUCUCGGAUAAGAUGACCUAGCAACAGGUUGUCCAAUGCAGUAACUGAAGCACCUCAUCACUUACUGUAAAGGGCACCUUAGUAUGUUAACCCUUUAACUCCCAAAAGUGAUUCAGCUUGAACUUCUCCCUACAAUAUCCAUCCAUUAUCCAGCAAACAGGUAAUGAGAAUACUCAAAUGUAUCAGGUGGAAGGUGUUGUCUGGAUCUAACACCAAAUUCUUACAACCAAUUAACAAGAAAAUGUGAGGCAGGUGGAGUGAAUUAACAAUCAGAUCCUGGGAGGUAAAGGGUUAAGUGACAGCAAAUGAAGGAUGACAGUGUGCUUCCUCCUAACUGUGAGUUUAUAGAUGCAUUGAUUCUCAAAUUUGUGGGAUAGUGAAUGUCAAAGUGUUAGUUUACCUGAGUAGUGGUAUUAGAUGAGUAUGCUCUUUCCAUUUGAGUCAAUCCAUACAAUUCUUAUAAUGUUAGUUCAGAGAAUUUAGUAUUGAAUCAACCGAUUAUCCCCAAAUUUAAUUUUUUUUCUCAUCACUUAUCUGGUUGAUAUUGUAUUGAUAUUGUUAGGAGAAAUUCUGUCUUGGUCACUCAUGGGAAUUAAAGGGUUAACUGCAUCUUACUGCACAGGUAAACCUGUGUCAAGCGGUUACCCACAGGAAAUGACGGGAUGACCGCUAAAUACGUGUUGACCGCUUAAUACAGGUUCCACAAUUUAGGAGUUUUAUAAAGAUGAUGAACAAUGCCACUUUUUGCCAUAAUUGACCAAUUAAUGUACAGAAUCUCGCUACGUACUUUGAUUUUGGGAGACACAUGGAUUAAAAAUUACCUGAAAGAUUAUUCUUCGUUUCAUCUGAGUGGUUCUUCUUUCAGUAACCGUAUAAUACAGGUGAAGGACAGUUAAAACAGGCUGUUGGCACUUCGUAGAGGGUGACCUCGUGCGCGUAAUAAAGGUGACCGCUUAGUAGAGGUGAAAAUUACACUGACUAAGGGGAAACAAAUUCGGGACUUUGACAACUGACUGCUUAAUACAGGGUGACCGCUUUAUACGGUGCCGCUAAAUACAGGUUCGACUGAUUUUUUUUUUUUUUCAUCAGUGGAUGGUUCUUGAUUAUAAAUUAUUCACUCCUGGUGAGCCGAUCAUUCCAGGAACAUUGUUGAUACUGGAGCAGUUACCUGGGAUAGUUGAAGUUGCAGACAUGUCUGUCUUCUUGCAGGAGAAGACAUACUGGGCUAGCUACAAUUUACCGUGAGUUAAACCAAUUCCGAGCAGAUAAUUUUACUUUGAUGUAUAUCAGACUCCAUUCUUACAUUUUGGAAAUCUCAAAGCUCUCUUUCUUUUUUUCUAGCUAUUUUCCAUACAUAUUCAACAUGAGCGGAACGAGAGAGAGCUAUGAGAAGUUUGGUUCAUGGUUUAGUUAUGAUGGCGCUCCAAGAGCACAGAUGUUCAAACGUGAUCACAACAAGGUUGUUGAUAUGGACAGCAUGAUGAAACUUAUGAGGUUCGUGUGCUUCUCUUCAAAUCGUUUUGUAAAUUCAAAUGAAAUAUGCCCAGAUCGUUGGGUAUGGCCCAGGUGUUUAGAAUUAGACUGUCAGACCCGUCGUUUUACGUUCGCCUACUUUUGUCAGCUGUUACAUCUGGACACUUCGCCUUUGUUCGUUUUUUACCUCAUGGUAUGACGUAGUCACACUCUGAGGUUUUGUUAUGGAAGUAAUUUCACUCACUUACCCACUCCAUUCUGAUUUUGUUAGACAAUUAGUAUAUGCAUUAAACGUGGAUCAAACGCGUUAUCCCCUACCUCCCCUACUAGAUUUGUUUCUGUCCCCAAAGUUUUGCUAUUGUCUUCUGUUCAUAUGUUUGGGGGUGGGACAGAGGUGGAAAUUUCUGCUGGAGUACAUGGAGUUAUCAAAAUAAUUCAAAAUGGUGUUCGUAUGCUAAAAUUAACAAGAUUGGUUUUCCUCUUUCAAUUUUUUCCCUUUUCAAGGUACAAUGACUAUAAGCACGAUCCACUAGCUCGUUGUAACUGCACCCCACCCUACAGCGGAGAGAAUGCCAUCUCUGCACGAUCGGACUUGAACCCAGCCGAUGGAAAGUAUCCAAUUGCAGCACUGGGUCACAGGCAACAUGGAGGAAUUGACGCCAAGGUGAGUAGUUUGUGGCCGUGAAGAUUUCAGAAAAGCAAACGAAAAAAAAACCGGGUAAAAGCUACAUCUGAUUGCACGGGUGUUACAACUUUUGGAAAUAUUUUGUGAAUUUAAACUGAAAACAUUAAUCAAAACAAAAAUCUGUGGCAGAGAGCAUAAAUACUAUUGCACUGUGACGGAGCUCAGGGAAAGGGGAAAUGUGACCACGUGAUGAUAAGUUUUGUCCCUGAUUGGUUUAGUUAGUAGGGCGAAUUCACGAACCAAUCAUGAAGCGCAAUGAUGCUGAACUGGAGUAACGCAAUAUAACUGAUGACAUCCAAAUGACAAUGACUACAAGAGACGGUUUAUUGGCUAAAUUCGCGUCAGUGAAACUGUACGUUCAAGCAAAUAUGCAGAGACACUACCGACUUGAUUAGUAUUGCCUUUUAUAAAGAAAAAUUAUUCCUGGACCUUGUAUUGCACGUUUUGGCGAGUGCCUGAAGGCUUAUGUCAUGAAAUAGUUCGGUACUAAAGUAGUCGGGUGUCAUAUCUUUUUGCUCGCUCCAGCUGACAAAUUCAGAGAUGGUGAAGACAUUGCAGUGUGUGGCUGUCAGCGGUCCAACGCAUGACCAGCAGCCUGUCUUUAAGUGGAGCACUUCAGGUUGGAAAAGGCCCAUGGGACAUCCUGACGCCUGGGACUUUGAACCAGUCACUGUCAAGUGGGAUGACGAUUUGUCGGACGAUUUUUAACACCAUAUUUGACUUGGAAUUAUUCGUGUGUCUUUAUCCAGUAACUAAUACUUCGAUAAGAAAAAAAGGUCGUUGAGUAGUUUGUAGGUAAGGAAAGAGAAACAAUCCAUCGAUUGAGUAUCCUUACCGUGGGAACUAUCAUAUUUUGUAACACGUUUUUUGGUAAUGAAGUAUUUCGUUCAGAUUUGAUGUUGUGAUUAAACUGAUUCUCCUUAGUUUUUUUUAUUUGAUAGGAAGUAUUUCUUCAGGUUCUGGCUUAACCAAGAACACUUUGGCUAAGUCAUUUUCUCUUUUUAAUCGAUUAAAAAAAAUUUUAAGACAUGAUGGAAUAACCUUGUCUUGUAGCGGAAAAGGAUAAGUAGGAAUGUGUGGAGACAGGUUGUCGGUAUUUAGAGUUUUGGAGCUGAAAAUUUACCUGUUUAAUCAUAGGGUAAUACACAUAAAAGUUAACCAACCAAUCAAGAGGAUUUCCUCCUAGUUGAUGAUUAUAUUCAUGUGGCAUCGGUCCUUGGUGAUUUAUGCACAUUACUGCGUGAAUCUAUUUAAACUGGAAUCUCUAUCUUGAUCAAGCCUCCAUCCAAAAAAACCAAGCCGCAAACUCGCGGAAAGUGUUCAGCCAUUAGGCCCUCAAGUAAAAUAGGUUUUCGAGAACUUAAUCCAUUCUGUUGGAAGGUCAUCGGUCAAAACUAAACCUAACGAAUCACUCCUCUACAUUUUCCUGCGGCGUUCUUGUUACUAUAGCUACAUAACAAUAUGACUAUUUUCCUUAUUCGAAAACGAAAAGAAAAACAGAACUGACAGUUAUUCAGGCGUUUAAAUAUAAAAGAAUCUUUCUAUCGCCAGUAAAACCCAGCCGCCCGUGUAAAACAGUCAGAUUGUCCAG